CUAUACCCAGCCACCACCCUAUACCCAAAAGCCCUAUACCCAGCCACCACCCUAUACCCAAAAGCCCUAUACCCAGCCACCACCCUAUACCCAAAAGCCCUAUACCCAGCCACCCCCUUAUACCCCAAAGCCUAGUGCUAAAGGCGGUUCAGUGUACAAGUUUGUCGGGCUUGAUGAGAACGUCCUGCAGCAGCUUAGAGGUCUACAGUUCCCCGCCCAGCCCGCCAGUGUUACCCUGAUCCAUCACCUCGACCUCCUCUUCUGCCUUGUCACGGAGACCUUCCUCGAUGCCGAUGGUAACCCGCUCCCCGGCAAGACUGGCAGCCUCUACGUCUUCGCUAUCAGGAACCAUGAGGUGAUGUCCGCGGUGGUACACACGAAGGGCGCCGUCAAGUGUGAGCCUGUGCUGAAGACUCCAGAAUUUGUGGACAUCGUGUGUGCGGAGCGACUGUACCAGCAGUUUGAGGACAAGAUGCACAACGGCAGUGGUGUGUACCGCAUCACGUGGCACAAGGGGCUGGACGUCACCUUCCGCAGGCCGCUUCCCACACUCGCCGUCAGGGACAUGCAGGUUUGGCAAUUCAGGCAUCACAUCCUCAUCGCCUUCCUAAACGCCAUCGAGCCAAAGAGCCACUAUGGGGGUUAUGGGACAACGCAGGGCGGGAUGGUCACCAGCCACCUCUACCGACACAAGCAUGCAAUGGUGGAGGGCAAGCUCUUCACCAGCUACAACAACCUGGAGAAAGGGUCCUUCGCCACGGGACACGCUCGCGGUCUGGCCAGUCUCGUCAUAGGCACCAAGAGCUUCAUCGCCGUGGCUAACUACAGGGACAGAAAUGGCAACACGGAAACCUACAGCGAGAUCUUCGUCUACGAGCACGAGAACACCAGGCUCUUCCAGCGCAUUCGCACAAGCGCUGCGCGAAGCUGGGCCGCCUUCACCUUCAAGAGCGAGAUGAAACAAGAACACUUCCUGGUGGUGGCCAAUGAGUUCACGGUGGAUGCUGCGGGCAUGAAGAACUACCAGACUGACUCCAUGAUCUACAAAUACCACCGCGGCAAGUUCGUCCCCUUCCAGUGUGUGCAGACCGUGGCGGCGAGGCAGUGGGUGGCAUACCAGGGUCCCAAGGGUGAUUUCCUCCUUGCCAUGGUCAGCAGCCAGGUGGGCGUGUCUUUCUACCAAUACAAUGGCUGGAGAUUCAUUCAGAUGCCCUUCAAUAUCAGAAAACCCGGCAUCAAGAGUGCGUGGAUGGGCUUCCUGCCGAGCCAGAACCGCGGCGUGCUGACCCUUACCACCAGGGACUCCAGCCGACCCUUGAUGUUUUACCUGCAGUUUGAGGUGUUCCAGCCUGCCAUGCAAGAGGCAGAGGACCUACGCUGGUGCCACAUGUACCGAGGGCGUCUGGGCAGGGACCCACGUGAGGUGCUGGCUCGUGUGCAGCGGGCGCCCAGGCGGGACCAGCCCUUCACCUUCCCUCGGCCCCUCAGAAUCACCGGCAGCCUUGUCCUCGCCCCAUCCAGUGCCUUCUCGACUAUCGGCUUGAUCACAGUGAGGGAGGAAGGCUACACAGUGGACCACAGCUUCAGCCGCCUCUCCACCAACAUUCAGGAGGUUCGGGUGGCCUUCUCCAGGGUGGUGAGGGUGCGCACUGUGGUGGCCGCCGCGCUUAAGGUCGACGGCCUGAACCUGGAUGGCUUCCGUUUUGAGAGUCUGAAGUUCCAGUGUGGCGGAGGAAGUGGAGGCAGCUCUUGUCUGAUCCACAACUUGGUGACUAACCAGAUCAACGGGCAGAGUGUCUCCCUCGACGGCCUCCUCUGGCUGCACCGUGACCUCCAGCUCCAAAACCUUAGCCUGGCCCAUGCUGACCUCGGCGCUGGUGUGUCCGCCAGCGUGACCUUCCUCAGCGGCCCCAACCUGCCCCGCACCCACACCUCCGACCUCCUGACCCUCACCGGCGACCAUGCUAUCUCGGGGCAUAAGGAGUUUGGGGUCAUCAGGGUCAACAACUUGUUCGUCUCCGGCACAAUCAACAACAUCAGGGUCGACGAACACACACUGCUUCUGGCCGACCGGGAGCAGACCAUCACCGCGGACUUCACUUUCACGUCCCUCUCCGCCCAGAACCUCCGCCUGCAGCUCCUCAAUGGGCGGGACUUCUCCAGCUUCCUCCAACAGCUGGUCCUCAACAACACCGACUCGGCCAUUACAGGUCACCUCAUUGUGCGCGGUGAUGUGGUGGCGCGCAACAUUCACACCACACGUCCAGCCCGACCCCUGGACCCCCGUGAGCUGGCCAUGCGGGCGCUGCUGCACUCCACACACAGCACCCAGGUCGUCACAGGCGUGCAUACCCUAGGGGCCCUGUCGGUGGGCGGGGAGCUGACAGUUACUGGCACGCUGAAUGGCCUCUCUGUGCCCAGGGACGUGUACCUCCGCAGCCGCAACGAGACAGUCACACGGCCAGUCACCUUCCACUCUGUGCGUGCCGCCUCUGUGCAGGUCCUGAAUAAACUUGGCGAUGUUAAGGUCCUGAACGGUCAGCUGGACUUGUUACUGCUGCGCGGCGACCAGCAGGUGUCCGGCAGGAAGGUGUUCACAGACAUGGUUCUACUCGGCCACUCCACCGUCAGCCUCACUGUCUCUGGGUACAGGCUGCAGGACCUUGAGAACACAGUCUUGGAGGAUCUGCAGCAGGGAUUUGAGGCUGGACAGGUGAUCAUAGGGGAGGUGACAUUCGAGGGACAGGUGCGGGUGACUGAUGUGGUGCUGGGUGGCGCUAACAUCACCCACAUCCUCCUCAACGCCCUGCCCCUGCAAACCACAUCCAUCUCAUCCACCUUUAUCUUCGAGGGGCCCGUUAAGAUCCUCGGCGACACACGCAUCACAACGCACCUCAACGAGAAGAGAGUGGAACUUUUCGCCCUCCUCGCCGGCACCCACAUCUUCACCCGCAGCGUUUCCUUCACCUCCGACGUGGUGGUUGAAGGCAACGUCCUGGUGGCCACAACCGUCAACGGAAUCAACCUGCAGGAGCUGACCCUCGUCCUGGCGCUGAAGGACUCCGGCAGCCUCACCAUCACGCAGGACAUCACCCUCCACAGCCCCUCCUUUGUUGGCGGUCUGCAGCUGCUGAGCGGAGGCGUGGUGGUGGAUGGCAUCGACCUGGAGGAUAUCGUGCUAGCGGAUACGGAUGCGGUGAUAACGGGCACCAAGACCUUCACCUCCGUGCGUGUGGAGUCCAGCGUGUCGGUGGGGCACGUGGCGGUGGCUCAGGGCGGCCAAGUGGACGGCGUGGUGCUGGAGGACCUCUUCUUCGGGAACUCUCUUCGGAAGACUGGAACGUCAACACAGCACCUGGUGGGGAGGUCCCUGGCCGUGGUGGUGGCUUCCUCGGUCACUGGGACAGGUCUGGGCGCCUUCGAGAGGACAGUUGUUUACAAGGACUCAGCCUCCGAACGUCUGGCUGGCUCGCUGGUGUUCACGGGGCCUGUCACCAUCCAGGACCUGAGCUUUGGAGGCAGCUUCGACGGGGUAUCAGCCGACGAGUACAAAUCCGGGUGGCUCCUGGCGACGGGUGACCAGGUCCUGACAGGCUCGAACAUCAUCCAGAACCUUGAUGUGCAGGAGCUGGUCUUCACGGGGCGUAUGCUGCAGGGCGUGGACUUUGAGCGGCUCGUCAAGAACACGGCGAAGAUUGAUGAGACCACAGCGCUGCACAGUGUGGCUUUCAAUCAGCUGGUGGCCAAUGGUGAGGUGUUUGUGAACGGCACUGUACAGGGCAUCAAACUGAGCCAGGAAGCAAUCACCUUGUCAUCUUCCUCUGUCACGAUCACCGGCAGAAAAGUGUUCCAGGCGGGCGUCCACUACAGAGGUCAAUUCUCCAUCGCACAGCACAUCAUAGUCACCUCUGGCCCCGAUGACACGCGACCGCUGGCCAUCGACAUUGAGGAAUUCUGCACCGCCAUCAUGACAGUGCCCUCCGCCGCCACCCGCAUCAGGAAGUGGAUCAUUAAGGGAGAUGCGAGGUUUGAGAAGAACGUGACGGUGGUUCAGACCUUCAACGGGGAGCUCGUGUCCGCCAUCACCAGCACCUUCUGGUUCACCGACGUGCCCACCACCAUCUCCGCCGUGGCCUUCAUCUCCUCCCUGGUGGCCGGCGGGAGCUUCAGUGUGGACGUCAGGGGCAAGACAAACGGCCAGAGCCUGGAGGAGGUGUGGAAGCAGAUACUGAAGCGGCGAUGUGAGGCACAGACGGUGGGCGGCCAGCUGACGGUGCACCAGAUGACCCUCGACCGCCUGUCCACACCCCGGCUCACCAACCCCAAUGACGACUUGCGUGUGGGCGACUUCCUCAACAUUCUGCUGCAGGAUGGGGACCAGGUCAUCAGUGGGGUCCUGAAUUUCACCAGUGUGGAGGCCCAGGAUAUCGGACUUGAGGGUACGCUGAACGGUCUCCGCAUGCACUCCGACUUCGUGCUGUACGGGCGCCAGAACGUGAUCACCGCCCGGAAGACCUUCGCUCACCUCACCAUCCUCGGCAACCUGUCAAUGGUGGAGGGUGGUACUGUGCAAGGCGUGGAUGUGUCUGAGCUGGGCCGCCUGGUGGUGAAGAAGGCCGACGAGGGGCAGGUUGUCUUCGUUCCCGGAGUCACUGUUCUCCGCAGCCUCGUCUACACCGGCUCACACUUCCAAGUUAAUGGCAGAGUGGACGGUGUGUUCCUGCGGCCAGACACGGUGCUGCUGCGUUCAGGGGAGCAGGUGAUGACUGGCAUGCUGGAGGUGGUGCCGCCCAGCCCUGGAGCCGUGGGCGUGGAGGCGGGUGCAGUGUGGGUGCUGGACAAUAAAUUCAAUGACGUGGACCUUGAUAGACUCGUGAACAGGACGGUACGCACAGACAGGCAGGUAACCAUCCACCACUCCGUAAGCUUCAGUGCAACCUGUCGCUUCACCUCCAUUGCCAUCUCGUCGCAGCUGAUAAACGGCAUCCACAUCCAGGAGCUUGCCAACCUCAUCAAUGCAGACUACCUCAUAAGGCUGGGUGACCACCUGGGGGCUGCUCUCCAUGCCGCAAGAAGCACACGGGAGGUUCUGGCAGUGAAAGGUGCCUCCAUCUGGUAUUACGAGGAGCUUGCGUUCGACACAGUGGCCAAGCUCAUACCAGUGACGCUGGGCAACACCAAGCUUGAAGUGGGUGUUUACGAUGCGCUGGUGGGUCUGGACAUGGCGAACAAUGCCGUGCUGACCUACGGAAUUGGUGUGCCCUUCCCCAAGAUAUACCCUGCCGUGACUGUCCUGGAGCCCAUCGCCGUGGCUGGGCUUGGCAGUGGCUUGCUGGCGACAUGCGGCAGGCAACCCAUGGAGGCUGUACCCGCAGGAACGCAACCCUUGCCAAAAUUCACAACGACCCGGCUGGAGAGUGGCACAGGCACAGGCUACGGACACAUCUAUGCGCUGGGCUCUGGCGGUCGGCUCUUGGCUGCCUUCGAGACCAGGGAGUGCCGGGACCUGGUGAGCUUCCAACUGCCUGACGGACGCGUGUGUGUGGCGGUGGUUAACUACCGCGCUGCUACCACUGUUCUCUGCGGUACAGCCUCAACCGGCUUCCACCUCCUUGACCGCCUCGACGCAACACGGGCAAUUAAGGGUGUGUGGGUGACCUUCGCCGGCACAGAGGUGUUGAUGGUGGCCCAGGAACCCAGCCACACAGAGGCCGGCAUCCUGGACAUAUACGGCUACAAUGCUGCGCUCCAAAAGAUGACUCUGAUUAUGAAGACUUCUGAGCCUGUGUCCUCUCACGUGACUGCAAUGGUGGCUGGCGGCAAGGUGGUGGUGGCAAUGACUGGCAAGCGCACGGCCCUGUGUGACACCUUCGUGGAGGUGUUCAUGUCCAACACCAGCUUCGUGGGACAGGACGUGCAGCGUCUGGAGGUGCCCGAUGCCGUCCACAGCCACCUGAUCCAGCUUCUGACGGGUGAGGUCGUGCUGAUGGUGCAGACCCGACACAGCCUCUACCACUACCACCUACGCGGGACCAAGUUCGUCUACGUCAGGGAGGUGAAGACUUCCUCCUCUCUAUGCCCAUGGUCGUUCCCCUUCAUCGCCGGCGACCCCAAGACCCUCCUCAUCGCGCACUCCGGCAUGGGGGCUUACCAGGACGACUACAAGGGCGCCCAGCUGCUUCCCGUACCAACCACAAUCUACCGGGCUGUCUACCGAGGGCCGUCAUUCAUGCAACUCUACAGGGGCUCAUCGCACUCGCACGCCGCUCUCCACGGCACUCACCAAUCCUACACGCCCUCUCCCCCACUGCACUACCACAGAUAAGGAGGUUAGAUUAGGGUAUAUUAAUGUUUGUGGUUUGCGUUGAUUUUCGUCCUUGCUCGGGUUAACUUUUUCUUCUGUGGUUAGGUUAGUGUUUGUCUCUGGUUAGGUGAAUUUGUGCCUGUAGAGAGAUGGAAUAAUUAGUUUUAAAGAUUUGUGUAUGUGUGUAGAUUAAUUUAAAUGUGCAUGGAGACACUAUAUAGUAAGUUUGUAUGUGCAAUAGGUUAAUUUAAACAUCCAUAGAGACAUAGUAACAGUUGCUAGAGUGUCCUAACAUAUUGAGUGAAAACCUACACCCCAUUUCUAGUCUCCAUAUAAAAGUUAGUCUGUGCAAAGACGAAAAUUAGCGUCAUUCCAAUUAAAUUUUCUGUCAGUCUUCUUUGCCAAACUUGUAAAUAUCGCCCGCUGUUAAGACUGUAAAUAACUUGUCUUGUUGAGCUGUUUUGUACAUUAUUUUGUCUAUUGUCUAUUUUGUACCUUUAUUGUUUCCAGAGUGUAGCGAAGUGGACCUUGUGGUGAAUUAAAAGUCUAUAUUUA